GGCUAACGUAAACAGAGAUCUCUCUCAUUCAAUAUCAGUCGACAUUGAAUACCAAAAUAUUUCCUCUUUCUGUGAUAAAAAGAUGCCGGUAAAGAUUGAAGGAGAUGGAGAUUGCACAUCUCCUAUUAUACCUAAGGAAAUUGACAAUCUUGUAAAAGGAAUCAGAGAUAGAUUAUGCCUCAAAAGUCAGGAAAAACUAUCAAAAUACCGGUCGACACCGUACUCGAUAAUUCGUAGUCCGUGUCGAGAAAAUGGUGGCAGUGGAUUGUGUCAAAAAUGUAGUUGUAAAAGGAAUAACUGGAGAAGCUGUUGUUGUAAGGUGAAGGAGGAAGACGAAUCUCCUCAUAAACUGUUGGAAAAAUUGUUACACGAACAAACGUUAAUUCAGGAAGCCGUUCGACGUCUCACUUCUCGAAUGGAAUCAGCCAAUUCUGCCAUGUCAGUGCCAAUGACAUCUCAACAUCCAACCACACCACCUCAUGAAAAAUCUGAGCUCUUCGAUGUUGGCAGCUUUUCUAAAUCAUCCAGUUUAAGUUCUUUCUCAUUUGGAACUGUUAAUUGUGAUUGGUUUGAAUGUUAAUUAAUUCUUUGAAAUAAUUAUUAAUUAUGAAAAAAACAUUUUUCUAUUGUUUGAUGCAUCCAAAGGUGCUAAAAUUUUGUUACAUAAUUAUGUUAAAUUUA